AUGUGUGACCAGCCAAAAUCCCCGUGCUCCCCGCCAAAAUCUCCUUGCUGCCCGCCAAAAUCUCCUUGCUGCCCGCAGAAACCCCCAUGCUGCCCGCAGAAGCCCCCAUGCUCCCCACAGAAGCCUCCACGCUCCCCGCAGAAGCCCCCGUGCUGCAUUCAGGCCAAGUGCUGCUGUCUGGAGCCCAAGCCUGAAUGCACUUGCCUUAGUAAGAAGUCUGAGCCCACAUCACCCCAAACUCAGAACAAGAGCUCCCAAGCCCAACAGCAGCCCCUAAGUCCAAAACAGGGGCCCAAACUAGGUAACUUGGGGCAAAAGAAGCCAAACAAGUAG